CAGCAGCAGCGGCUGCACGGCUGUUUGUGUGAGUGGGAGAUGGACUGAAGGAGGGCGCUCUUCAGACCAGCGCUGUCGCUAGCUUUGCUCUACCCACCAGCUAGAUAGGAAUAACAGACAAAUUCAGGUCGUUGAAAUCAACAACAAAAUACAGUGCCAUUACCAGUCUUUCACAUCCCACUCCAAACACACUAACACGGCAUUGAUGGUAAUGUAUGCAAGGAAACAACCGAGACCCGGCGAUGGGUGCGACCGAAGAGAUUCUCAGCCCUAUCAGGCUCUUAAAUAUUCAUCCAAGAGCCAUCCGGGAGGCGACCAUCGACAUGAAAAGAUGCGAGACUCCACAGAUGUUACUCCUCCCUGCAAAAUGCUCCGGAGGUCCGACAGUCCUGAAAACAAACACAUCGACAGCACAGGGCACAGCAGACCUAAAGCUGUCCACACACACCGGGCCAGAGACAAGGAUGGAGGUACCAGUUAUUCACCACAAGAAAACUCUCACAACCAUACUUCCCUUCAUAGUUCCAACUCGCUUUCAACCCCAAACAAGACCUCAGACGCACCUUACGAGCCUGCUGACGACUGGUCAGAGCACAUCAGUUCCUCUGGAAAGAAAUAUUAUUACAACUGUAGGACAGAAGUUUCCCAGUGGGAGAAGCCCAAGGAAUGGCUUGAGAGAGAACAAAGGCAAAAAGAGGCAACAAAGACUGCUGUUGUCAACAGUUUCCCAAAGGACAGGGACUACAGAAGGGAGGCUAUGCAAGCAACAGCAGCCCCUGGCUUUACUGGUCCUAAAUCGUCCCAGGCGGAGAAACCUUCAGCAGUUCAUGCCACUCAGUCAUCAUCAUCAUCAUCAUCAUCAGGCUCUGGUAGCUUGAACCCAUCAUCUGGGCCGCAUGGAUCAUCAGCUUCCACAGUGCCCGUCUCCCCGGUUCUUCAGUCUUCAGCUCCUCCGUUACUACAGGACCCCACUCUGUUUCGCCAGCUCCUCCCCGCACUUCAGACAGCACUGCAACUGAACAACGCCAGCGUGGACAUGGCCAAAAUCAACGAAGUUCUCACAGCUGCUGUCACACAAGCUUCAUUACAGUCGAUGCUCCACAAGAUCUUCACAGCUGGACCGUCAGCGUUCAAUAUCACUACGAUCCUUUCUCAAGCUGCUCAGCUCUCUAACCAAGCCCAGCAGUCAAAUCAGUCACCAAUGUCUUUAACAUCAGACGCCUCAUCACCGAGAUCCUACGUCUCCCCGAGAAUCAGCACGCCGCAGACCAACGCCGGCCCCCACAAACCCCUCCUCAGCACCCAGUCUGUCAUCUCACAGUCGAAGGCGAACACGCCAGCAGUGAAGCAGACGUCUCAUUCCCAGCCCACAUCCCAGCACCCCCUCCCCAGCGACAAGCCACACAGUCACGAUGCCACCACGGCCUCCCCAAGAACCCUACAACGCCAAGGCAGUCAGAGGAGUCCCUCUCCAGGUUCCAAUCACGUCGCCACGAGCAGCAACGCCACCAACUCCGCCUCCGCUCCCCCGGCCUCUUCCACAUCCCGGCCCUCCUGCUCCUUCACCCCCUCCCUCGCGGCCCACUUCAACGAGAGCCUCAUCAAGCAUGUGCAGGGCUGGCCCGCAGAACACGUGGAGAAGCAGGCGUCCAGACUCCGCGAGGAGGCUCACACUAUGGGCAGCAUAUGCAUGUCGGAGAACUGCACUGAGCUCAAAAACCUGCGCUCUCUGGUCCGGGUCUGUGAAAUUCAGGCGACACUGCGCGAGCAGAGGAUACUGUUUUUGAGACAGCAAAUCAAAGAACUUGAAAAGUUGAAGAAUCAGAAUUCCUUCAUGGUGUGAGAACUUUGGGUCUGGGAGGUGUCGGGGGGGCGGGGCUCUCAUUGCACAUAUUUGGAAGCCGGCGAGAAAGCAGUUCCCCCCGAGCCCAGUCUUAACACACAGGAGCUGCAGUCCUGCUGACACACCUGAGGGGUGCGACAAGGAGUGGGCGGGGUCAGGGAGGGGCUGAUUUACAAGACUGUGUUUUUGUAAAAAAAAAAAAAAAAAAAACCACAGUGGACUAACAUGUAGAUUUCUUGUAGAUGUUAUCUAUGUUGUAAAUAUGUUUUGUAGAUUGAAUCCAUGGAAAGCCAUGCCUAUCGAAGCUUUUGACAUCCAGACUAAUCAGCCGAGGCGCUCGCCUCUCCUUCACGCAUCUGCAGACUCCACCUUCCGUUAUCACGUCACGGAUCAUUGAAGCGCCGUGACCGGAGCAGCUGUCCACGCCGCAGUCACCAGUUUGACCUUUGCAGACUCUGGAUGAGAGAUCUGUCGUAAAAGCUCCCAGCGCUUCAGUGAUCUGUCAGCAGUUUCUGGCGCCCCACUUUGAGGAGGACGGGCGGAGAAAAGCCAGUGCCUGGUGGUGCAAUGGAUUCAAAAAGAGGAGCGUGCUGCUUUGGACCAUUCCUUCACCCUCGGCAGACCUCUUUGGAGUUUAAUUCCUUUCUUCCCGUUUUGUUCCGACCUCUCCAUUCCUUUGUACAGUCGCUGACACAGCAGGUGGGUUUGAGUGGGAAGACCAGCCUUCGUGUGUGGGUUGCAGUAAUAAGCCAUGCAUCAGAAAUGGGUGGAGGUGGGGCGCCUCUCCGGUCAAAAGCAGGGCAUCCAGGGGUCAAAGCUCAAAUGUGAAAUGUAUGUAAUGUAAUAAACAUGUUAAACUAAAGUGA